GUAAUGGAGAUUUCAUGUUCUUCGUUGGGCUGGGGUUGUCAGUAUUACGCCAUUGUCGUCUUGUUUGUCAAUUACUUAAGUUUAAGGUCUGACCUAAAAGUAAAAUGUUGACAACGGUAGCGGAAAACUAGAUGUUUAACUAACUUGGAAGUUGAUUCCUUUUGCUCCAUUGAUACCAGUAAGCAAGAGCGCCAUGAUGCUUUCUCGUCUGUUCCGAGCUCAGGGCCAAUUCUGCGCUUCACACCCAUGGGAAGUGAUCAUCGGCACAGUGACAACAACGCUAUGUCUAAUGUCCAUGAGCAUGUUUACUGGCACCGAGCGUGUCUGUGGCUGGAACUACAUCUGUCCAAGAGAAGAUAUCGGGGAACUGAAGAGCUCCGAUAUAAUCAUUCUGUCUAUCACUCGGUGUUUGGCUGUGAUGUACAUUUACCUCCAGUUUAGAAAUCUCAGACGACUUGGCUCAAAGUAUUUAUUAGGUAUUUCCGGAGUGUUCACCAUGUUUUCCAGUUUUGUGUUCAGUAUGGCUAUUAUUAAUCUCCUUGGAAGCGAUCUCAAGGGACUUGAUGAAGCUCUGCCUUUCUUUCUGCUUCUCGUUGAUCUGUCGAAAGCGAGUGCGCUGGCGAGGUUUGCACUGGUGUCCACCAAUCAGGAGGAGGUUCAGGAGAACAUCGGCCGUGGGAUGGCCAUCAUCGGCCCGAUCAUCACGCUGGACGCCAUCGUCGAGACGUUGGUCAUCGGUGUGGGGACGCUGUCAGGUGUUCGCCAACUAGAGACCAUGUGUUGUUUUGGCUGUCUGUCUGUAAUCGCAAACUAUCUGGCUUUCAUGACAUUCUACCCAGCAUGCCUUGCUCUAGUACUUGAGUUAACACGUGAACGUACUCAGGGUAGACCACUCUGGCAAAUUCAACAUCUUGCCAAGGUUCUCCAGGAAGAAGAGGAAGAGAAAAAGCCAAACCCUGUGACACAGAGAGUUAAAAUUAUUAUGUCUGCCGGUUUGGUUCUCGUGCACGCUCACAGCCGAUGGGUGGCAAAGUUGGAGGGGUCGGGAUUGUCGGAGAACCUGGACCUGUCGGUCGGUGAAAAGGCGCUUCUCGACCAGAGGAUAACACCCACCGUUCCCCUCUGGCAGUUCUACAUAGAGCGCAUGUUCACCACCAACACAGACUAUGCAGUCACGCUGGCACUGGCUCUGGUUCUGGCAGCCAAGUACGUGUUCUUCGACAACUCGGUUGAUGAUGAGGUCGAUCAGAUUCUCAAAGAAGCAAACGCCGAAAACCCAUUUGCUGUGAAGAAGAACAAAGAGGUUACGAUCAUGUACGGAACAUCUUGUCACAAAACAAUGAACUCCCAUGGAGAGUGCAAUGAAUCGAAUUCUAACGAAGUAGACCUGUCGAAUGUUAACAAAUCAAUUGAUCUCACGGAGAGCCAGCAACUUUCACCGCCUAAGCCUGUCAACCACAAAGCCAGUUUCCUGCUGGGUGGCGAUGACAGUUCCGAGGACGGCAACGAUGUGGAGAAGGAAACGAAAGAAACUCAGACGGAAAUAAUCAACUCAGAGUUCGAACUCCUCGAGUUGCUGAAGCCGCCCAUGCCUCCCAGACCCCUGGAGGAAUGUGUUGCUAUUAUGAAGUCAGAGGAAGGUCCUGGUGUUUUGACUGACGAGGAGAUUCGCAUGCUUGUUGAGAAGAAACACAUUCCUGCAUACAAGAUGGAAAGUGCACUGGGCGACUAUGUGCGAGGGGUUUCCAUUAGGAGGCAAAUGAUAUCGGAAAAGUUGCAGGAGAAAGAAGCCCUAGCAACAUUGCCAUACAUUCAUUAUGAUUAUUCCUAUGUCGAUGGUGCUUGCUGUGAGAAUGUCAUCGGUUACAUGCCGAUACCUGUGGGAGUUGCCGGACCACUGCUGCUGGAUGGUCAACUUCAUCAUGUUCCCAUGGCAACCACAGAAGGCUGUCUUGUGGCCAGUACAAACAGAGGUUGUCGAGCUAUAGAACAAAGCGGAGGUGCUCAUAGCAUGGUGAUAGCCGAGGGCAUGACACGUGGUCCAGUUGUCAGGUUUCCUACAGCACAAAAAGCUAGUCUAGCUAAGUUGUGGUUAGAAGAGAAAGACAGCUUUGAGAAGGUCAAGGAACAUUUUGACGAGUCCAGCAGAUUUGCUCGUCUUCAGAAGAUCCACGCCGCACAGGCUGGCCGGUGUCUGUACAUCCGCUUUGUGGCCAAGACUGGAGAUGCCAUGGGCAUGAACAUGCUCUCAAAGGGUUCAGAACGAGCUCUGAACGCACUAGGUGAACAUUUCCCUGAAAUGGAGAUCGUCAGUCUGAGUGGAAACUUCUGCACGGACAAGAAACCAGCAGCCAUUAACUGGAUUGAAGGCCGAGGGAAGUCUGUGGUGUCCGAUGCUGUGAUUCCGGCUGCCAUUGUGAAGAACGUUUUAAAAACCACAGUGCCCGCGUUGGUGGAACUGAACAUCAGCAAGAACCUGGUCGGGUCGGCCAUGGCAGGCAGUAUUGGCGGCUACAAUGCACACGCAGCAAAUGUCGUCACGGCCAUAUUUAUUGCCACGGGUCAGGACCCUGCUCAGAAUAUCUCCAGCUCAAACUGCCUCACUCAGAUGGAGGCGACAGGCAUACACCACGAGGAUCUCUACAUCAGCUGUACGAUGCCGUCAAUUGAACUCGGAACAAUCGGCGGGGGAACCGUGCUUCCACCACAGGCCUCCUGUCUCCAGAUGCUUGGUGUGAAGGGAUCAUGUAUAGAGACUCCAGGAGAAAACGCUCGGCAGCUGGGAAGAAUCGUGUGUGCGACCGUCAUGGCUGGGGAGCUGUCCCUCAUGUCUGCCCUGGCCGCUGGUCACCUGGUGAAGAGUCACUUAAAACACAACAGGUCUACCCUGAACAUGGCUCCCGGUGCUGUGAAGCCUGAAGUGGGAUCAUCAGCAAACAACAGAUUGGUCCCAGGAACGUGUACCACUCAGGCAUCUUGACCCAUGGAUUACCUGCCUUGAUUGUGGGUGUGGUCUUCACAUACUGCUAAACCAGUGUCUAUUUUUUUGAAAACCAAAACAAUGAAAACCUUAUUGUUGCAACUUAAUAUUCUGUCUUUAAUUUGUUGAUUUGUUUUUGGUGUGUAGAAGGAAUAUUAUUUUGUAUUGUUGUAUUAAUACUAGGCAUAGAAACCACAAUUCUGCCACUCUGUGCAAGUGAAUAAAUAAAUUUAGUGGAUUAGUAUCGUUUAUAAGUCAUGUUUUGUGAUGAUAAAUUGAGCUCAGGAUAUAAAAAUACUGAAAUUUGAAUUGCCGAUGGAUUUUGUUUACUUCAGAACAAUUUGUAGUUAAAACUUGUGUCUCGUUGAUCAUUUAAAUAUAUGGUUGAUAUUACCUGAGUUCCAGGACAAAACAAUUGGAAAUAAAUUAAUAUUUAUAUUUCAGCUGAUUAAAAUGAACGCAUUCUUUGUAUAGAGGUAGUUGUGAUUGGAUAUUUAUUUUUUUAUUUUCCCGAUUUGGCCAAUGUUUUUCUAGGAAAUCUAUAUGUGUUUUGUUUUAAGUACCAAUAGGUGCUGCCUAAUUGUGAUGCCUUCAUGUCAAUCAUUGUGAUGUUAAGCAAUUGGCUCACCAAGCGUUAUGGUGUUAAGUGAUAGUCGUGUCCAUGUAUUAAUCAUUAUGUUGUUAAGUUAUUGAUCAAAGCCUUUCAAGCCAAUAUAUAAAUCUAGUCUUGUGCUUCUAAAACAUUUACGUCCAGACCUCAAUAACAUCUGAACUCCAGCUAAUGACAUUUAAAAAUCUACGGACUUUGUGAAAGUCAAGUCUAGACUUCAAAAUCUUUUAUGAGCACAAUGAAAUCAACAAAUAUUUCAACAAAAAUGUACACAAGGAAAUUAUCAACUUUUCAGUUAACUUGUGCUCGUCAGAUACGUCUGUCCGAGUUGACAUUGACUGAAGGGUUACUUAUGUUGACUGUGGCCAUGAACACUGGUUUUAUUACUCUCUGUAAACUAAUAUCCGGUACACAAUUGGACUACGGUAGCCAUGGCUUUAAGUAACUGAUUUCACUAUUUUUAAUCAGAAUGAAAGUUCACAUCUACCAAGCUGUAAUGAUUUUUGUGUGGCCUGUACGACAUAAACGGGUGAGAUAUAGGUAUUAAUUUACCGACUGGCAACGGCAUCAACUUUUGGGUUUAGCUCAACAUUAAAGUUUCACAUUUAAUGCAAUUUCUCACAAAAUAUAAGUCCUACAUUAGUGAAACAUGACUUAAUAGUUGCACCUAUGGAUGUUCAUCACAAUGCAUGUAAUUUUAUUUUAAAGAUGUUGAUUUAAAAUAUUUAAUUAAAAUACUUUUGCAGUUAGCUCGACAUUAAAGUUUCAGGUUUUAUCACAAACCAGAAGUCCUACAUCGAUGAAUCGUGGUUUAUAUUGCUAGUUGCAGCUAUGGAUAUUAAUCACAAUUUAUGUAGUUAAAAUGGGAAAAUUAAUUAUAUUAAAUUAAAAAAAAAAUUAAAAAUGUAAUUAAUUUUUUUUAAAUGCAUAGAGAUGAACAUUUAGGAAUGCAUCUGUCAGAGACAUGGAAUACGUUUAAGAGAGGUGAGACAUUUAAUUUCAAUGCAUCAUUCAGGAACAAGAUUUUUGUCCAUAUGCAGAGUUCUGUGCGUUUCCUCUGUGUAUAUAACUUCCACUGUUGUAAAUAAUGCUGGACUGAUAAAUCUGUGAAGUGACAUCAAAAUUUAGCCAGUGUUCGAGUGCACGGCUAAGCCAUAACAAGACAUCAAAGUUGAAUUGGGACCGACAGUUUUGCUAGAUAUUCAUUAAACUCUUGUGAUUGUCGAUCUGCCGUUAAAUCCUUUUACAGUGUUAAAUUAUAGCUUUCAACAUCAUCGAGUCGUGCAGUGUGGAUGAUAACAUAAUGGUGAAAUCUGUUGGCGUUUGCAUUAUUUUCAUGUGUACAAAGGUUUUAAAAAAAAAUAUAUAUAUAUAUAUAUAUAUAUAUAUAUAUGUGUGUGUGUGUGUGUGUGUGUGUUUCUCCCGGUGAACACACAUCCUUCUUCAGGUCUCUGAAAAUUGUGAGACCGAUCGUUUCAUUCGUGCAUGUCUAACUGCACAACUGUGUUUUUGUUCACAUAUUAAAUUUAGAACAUCAUUUACAUGAUCUUGACAAGUUAUGCAAGAAAUGGUUACCUGAAUUGGUUUUGUGUAAUUCAUAAAUGAUUCAGGAAAUUUGAAAAUUUCCAAAGGCCUGGAGUUUAUGUAUUUUCCAACCAAUUCGCAGUACUUGCUAAAAGUAUUGUUUGUCGAGCCAAAAUACAGUUUUGUGGUCAUAUUUGUAGUCGCCACUUGUAAAGUGAAAGUCGUUAUUAGGCUUUCUGUCGGAAAAUAAUUUGAUAUGUAAUAAAACAAAAAACCAGACCAUAAGUGCCCCUUCUAGGUGGUUAUGGGUUUGUAAUGCUUUAAAAAUGGACACUGCAUUUGUCAUCCAAUAGCCAGUGAUUAAUAAGUCAAUGUGUUCUAGUGGUGUCGUUAAACAAAAUAAAUUUAAUUGUCAUACUUUAUUAAAUUUUAAACAGCAGUUGAAUUACAAUCGUCUAUAUAAAAAAUUUAAAAAAUAUGUGCAUUAAUUUUCGAGAUUUUAGGGUACCUAAUUUUACCAUCCUCUGGCAGAAAGCCUGAUUAUCUGGUGUCAUAAAACCAGCUACUACAUAAUGUGGCUUUAAAUCUGCAGCUAUAGCUAUCAUCUAGCACUUACAUGUAACUGAUACAAGCUACAUUCAUUUUAUCCUGUUAUUGUAAUAAGUCUAUCGUAUUUUCAGAUCGGUGUGUCGGGUAUUUGCUGCAUCUAUGAGUUAUUGCUUUUCAUGGUGUGUUCUGGAAUGGCCAAUUUUAAAUUUCGUUAAACAUUUGUGUGAAUGAGAUUUGUUACCAUGUCAGUUAAAUGUGUGUAUUUUGUACAUUUUGAUACACUUUACUUGAGAAGGGUGGUGGGUAGGUGUAAGCACAGCAUAGAUGUCAUUAAGUUAAAUAUAUUUUUGUUACAUUUUACUCUCUCUAUUUUUUUUCCCCCCCUUUUUUUGUUACAAUUAUUUAGUUUACUUCAGUAUAUUAAAAAAAAAAGAGUAGAAGAAUCAAUCCAUGAAUCCAUGCCUGAUCACCAAUACGACUUGAUCUGUUUGGGGCAGGUAUUUUGGUUUUAACUACAGUUACUGUUAUUUAAUUAUUUUAUGAUGUUUUCCAAGAUAUCAAUUAGCAUGGCAAUGACGUCAUAUUUCUGUAGUUGUGGUUAACAAACCUAUACUUAGUCUUUUUUAGCUUUCAACAUUUCAUUUGUAUUCAUCAUAGAAUAAAGUUGUAUGUUUUUUUCAGAGAAA